AUGGGUGGAUGGGUGGGUGGCUACACGGCUGUCAGCCCGCUGAGGUCCCCACUGUCCCCAGGAGCGGCAGAGCUGGAGUGCAGGCUCAGCCAGGGUGAGCUGGAGGCCAUCAGGGAGAAACUGCUGGAGGAGAAGGAGGAUGAGGAGGGAGUGCGGGAGGAGAGCCCCAGUGAGGAUGGAGCCCUGGCAGCCACAGAGCCUCAGCCCAAAGCCACUGCCCCGGAAGGGACCACGGUGUCACCAUCCCUGCAGCAGGGUGAUGUCCCAGCAGGGGGACGGGACGGCUGCAGACAGCCAGGUGACAGAACGGACGGGAGCCCCUUUGGCACCUCCAGUGUGGAGGAAGAGGAGGAGGAGGAGCCCAGCCCUGCACACAGCAGUCCUGGUGUUGUACAGAGCACGGAGCGCCCCCCGGACGGACGGACAUCCCCGGCGGACAGCCGCGCUCCUCCAGGCGCCGCGCUCAGCAGCAGCUCCUCCAUCUCCAGCCUCAACUCCUCCACGCUGAGCGGCAGCCUGCUGAGCCUCUACAGCGACUGGGAGCUGCGCCGGGUGCCGGUGCGGGGCUGCGUUCAGUUCUCACUGCGUUACGAAGCGGCCGCUCAGGAGCUGCGGGUGCACGUGGUGCGGUGCCGGCAUUUGGCCGAAGCCAAGAGGCAGCGCUCCGACCC